AUGUUGCAAAGAGCGGCAAGCAAUGCGUAUUCCUGGUGGUGGGCGAGCCACAUCAGGACAAAGCAGUCGAAAUGGCUCGAGCAAAACCUUCAAGAUAUGGAGGAGAAGGUGAAGGGCGUUCUUAAACUCCUUGAAGAGCAAGGAGACUCUUUUGCCAAGAGGGCAGAAAUGUAUUACAGAAAGAGACCUGAGCUCAUUAACUUUGUAGAAGAAUUUUUUCGGGAAUACAGAGCCUUGGCUGAUAGGUAUGACCAUAUAUGUGGAGAGCUACAAAAUGCCAACAACACCCUUGCAACUGUUUUUCCAGAGCAAGUUCAGUAUGAAAUGGAAGAAGAUGAGGAUAGUGCUUCCGUGAAAACCUCUAAACCAACUAAAUUCCCCAUGAAUACUCAAAAAGAAAGAGACCAAGACCCAAAACCAAAUGUUCCGGAGGUUCCAAAGUUUCCAAAGAAGGAGACAAAGACCCCACCCAAAUUACUCAAAAAGAAAUCUCAAUCCAAGAAAACAAGUACAUUUACUAAUACCACUACAAAUAGUAGUUCUCAGAUGACCAAAGUUCAGGCACUUGAAGAGAUCGAUAAACUCCAAAAAGGAAUCUUGGCCCUACAGACUGAGAAGGAGUUUCUAAUGAGUUCAUAUGAGAACAGUCUUGCCAAGUAUUGGGAAAUAGAGAAACAGAUCACAGAUACACAAGAGCAGGUUUGCAGAUUGCAAGAUGAAUUCGGUGUUGCAGCUGUCAUUGAGGAUGAUGAAGCUCGAACUCUGAUGACUUCAACAGCUUUGAAAUCAUGCCAAGAAACCUUGAAUAGGUUGCAGCAGAAACAUGAGAAAUGUUCUGAGGAGACAAAAGUGGAAUGCCAACGAAUUAACAAUGCCCAUGAGAAGUUAAAGACCCUGAGAUGUCAACUUCUCCGUAAUGAGAUAAAUCAGCAGAUAACUGAAAAAGAAAAAGAAUCAACAGGAUCAAGUCCAAACCAGAACUUGGAACAAGAAGAUGGCAAUCUGAAACAGGAGUCUGUACGUGAUAAGAUCAGGGAACACUUUGAUAUCAACUCUGGUACGUCUCUCACAGUGUCGGAAAUGGCAGAGAAGAUUGAUGAUCUUGUUAAUAAAGUCAUCAGCCUGGAAACUGCAGUUUCAAGUCAGACUGCUUUGGUUCAGAGAUUAAAGUCGGAAACUGAUGAACUUCAGGAUCAUAUCAGAAGAUUGGAAGAAGAUAAAGCUACUCGGAUCAAUGACUCAAACAGUUUGAGAGACAGACUAAGAGAAUUGGAUGCUGAGUUGAGAAGAAUACAGGAUCUCAACAGGAAUGUUGAAGAUCAAAACAACAACCUCCAAACUCACUUUAUUGAAGCACGUUGUAACCUUGAUCAUCUUUCUGAGAGGCUGCAAAAUGUGAAACCUGAUGAGGAGGUUGAGAUGACUAGUUCAUUGCAAGAAGUAGGAAGUCUUCUCGAUGUCCAACCGCCCAAAAAUCUGGAAGAGCAUGAAGGUGUGAGGACUCCUGCUCAUGGUUUGAUGAAUUCAGAGGACAGGACAGGCGUGGAAGGAAAGACAGAUGAGGACAGGACAGAUGUCAAAAAAAAGACAGAGGAGGUUCAGAGUGAUAGUCACCAAGAUAAAGAUGUAAUUCAACCCAAGGAAAACAAUAGUGUUGGUCAUAUUUCAGAAAAAAAUGCUGACAAGAAAGAGGAGGAAACAGUUCAGAAGCUGGAUCCAUUGCAAGCAGAAGAUCAUGAUAUAAAUGUUGAAUCAAAGAAAGAGGCCACUGAGGAAGAUGAUCAACCAAAUUGGAAGGAGUUGUUCUUAAAAGGAUUGGAAGAAAGAGAAAAGACUCUACUGGCAGAAUAUACUACUCUUCUUCAGAAUUAUAGCGAAUUAAAGAAGAAGCUAGCUGAAUUAGAGAAAAAAAAUCGAGAUAGUCAAUAUGAGGUAACAGUGCAACUGAGAGAACUAAAAAGUGAUAAUGCCAUGAAGGAUGAGGAGAUAAGGUCUUUACGUCAAAAAAUAAGCUUUCGACGGAGAGAUUUGUGUGAAGAUAAAAAUGUUGAAGCUGCGGAAAUGACCAAUAAAUCCAUUGUAACCAAAACCUCAGAAACUCAACCUACGGAAGAAGAUGAAAAUGAAGACAUCAAGAUGAUUGUGGUUGAUAAACCUCGCUCUGUUUCAGCCAUUGAAGAAAAGUUCCGUGGGGACAUUGAUGAACUGCUGGAAGAAAACCUAGAUUUCUGGUUGAAGUUCAGUAGUUCAGUCUAUCAGAUACAGAAAUUCCAGACUACAAUCCAAGAUCUAAAGGAUGAGUUGUCAAAAUUGAAGGAAAACAAGAACCAGGAAGGGAAUACAGAUACGUCUCGUAAAUCAGAUGCCCGACCAAUAUACAAACACCUGAGAGAAAUACAAGCAGAACUGACAGUCUGGUUGGAGCAGAAUGCAUUGUUAAAAGAUGAAUUACAGCACAGAUUCACAUCUCUGUGUAACAUACAAGAAGAAAUAUCAAGAGUAGCCAAAGAAUGUUCUGAAAAUGAAGAGGUUGAGUUCACCAGUUACCAGGCUGCCAAGUUCCAUGGAGAGGUUCUGAAUAUGCAACAAGAGAACAAUAAAGUUGCAGAUGAAUUGCAAGCAGGUUUAGAUCGUGUUAGAGGCCUACAGCUUGAAAUAGAGAAGAUUCUGUCGAAUUCUGGUCGUGACUUUGAAUCGUCAGGAGCAAAAAAACUUCAAUUGCAAGUCAAGAACCCAACAAAUCCAUCUGCUAUUCCCUUGCAUUCAUUCAUCUUUGGCGUGAAGCCAAAAAAACAGAAACAGUCAAUAUUUUCAUGCAUGAAUCCAGCAUUGCAUAAACAGUAUAGGAAUCUGAGAGCUGGAUUUCCUAUGUAGAUUGCUUUGAUUUGAGAUUCUUUCUUUCUAGCUCAUUUUA